AUGAAGUCUUCAUUUACUCGUGCGGCCACUUUGUUUUCUGCGCUGGCGUCGGCAUCUCUCCUCUCUAGUUCUUCCUCGUCUGGUGAGAUUGCCAAAGACAUCACAACUGUUGCUGGUACAACAGAUCCUAAUCACUUAUCGAUACAUUUCCAUGCUCCCUGCCAGGAAUGUUUUGACGACGCAAAGGAUGGAGUGGAGCUAACCCUCGAGAUCGACUCUGCCGAAGAGGAGUGCUCUAACACUCCUCCACGUCUCAAUGGACUUCCUCUCAUUCCAUUAAAAGCUGGCAAUGACGUCGCCAGCGGUCAAAUUUCUUUUAUAUCAAAGUCCUCAGUUGGCUCGGCCGAGCGCGCGGUCAAUGCCUCUUGGGAGUCAACCUGUCUGAAGGGCGAAGCAUCCAUAAUCUCCGUUCGAUUCGAGGGUAUCGACGGAAACGACCCCUUCAAAGAUACUUCUGGAUUCACGACCUCGUUCAAACAAAGAGGCCAACCUGUAGUCCUCCGUCUCCAAGACAAACCUGUCGCUCAGAUAUCGGAAAGCCUGUGUGACGGAUGGCUCCUGUCCGAGGAUCGAGGGCUUUCCAUCAUCCCCAACUCCUCCAGUCCCGCCUCGUCCGACGCCUCUUUGCAAGACGAGUAUUCCCGGCUCGAAGAAUUGACAAAUGAAAUGGCAGCGCUUCACGAACAGAUACGCACAACAGAGGCGAAGAUAAUCGCUCUCCUCAAGCAAGAAUUCAAAGCUUGCUCGAGCAUGAAAUGCUUGUGGGACACCGCCAUGGGUGAAGUACCGGCCAUUGCGAAGCUCAUUAGCGCUCACUUUUCCCAUCACCGCAAUAGACAUGGUGGUUGCGAGGAUGGCGAUGCGCAGUCACCAUGUACUGCAGAAGUUGAUGACAGCUUUGUGGUUGACAGCACAUUGCAAGAAGACGAUUUGGAGGAAGUGUCUGUUGCCGCUGACAGCGAGGAAUUGCCCGCACAACCACCAACUAACCCUUCGCCAUCUCGUGGACUUGAAGUAACUCCUGUUCCGAGCGGAGAAAACAAUCAUCACCCUCACCCUCCGUUCAGAGGCGGUCAUCAUCCUCCGUUUCAACCAUCUCAUGGUCCACCUUUCGACUUUGGUCCACAUAGCCACCCUCACGGGCCGCCACCGAAUUUCGGAGCUUUGGCGCCUGAACAACAACGCGUUCUGGAAUACCGCAUAGGGCUGGCAAUCCUGCUUCUCGUUCUCCUCAUCAUACUGUCUGGCCUGGUCAUACGUGCAAUAAUCCUGUUCAGGGAUCCCCGACGAAGGGCAGAGCGCGCAGCCCGGUGGGAAGAGCGUCGAACCAGGAGACUUUACCGCAAAGCUGCUUGCAAGCAUAAAUGGAGGACUUGGUGGAAAGAUUUCCGAAACCAAGGCACGAAUGACUACGAGGAGAAGCGAGAAAUGAUCCUCGACCAAGAAGGUCUUGGAGAAGAAGACGACGACGGAUUACAAAAAGAAAUCCGUACGCUUCGAAAUGCCUCUGAUUUUGUGAGAGAUCUAGUGCAGGCUGAGGAGGGCCGCGCGACAGCGGGAUACCGUGCCCGUUGUGAUCGAGAAGGAUUCGAACCUGCGGAGCUCGAUGCUGGCGUCGGGAGCAGCGGUCUUUCUGAUAUUGCCCCGUCAUACGUGACGCCUCCGCCUCGAUAUGAAGAAGAACUGGAAGGAGAAAUAGUCGUCAUCGAAGACUUCCGAUAUACACCCAGCGCCACGGACGACACUCCGGCGAGCAGCAUCAUCGAUUGCAGCCCGAGGCUGAGUUUGGAAACGGGCAGGUCGACCAUCAUCACCAAAGAUAUGAACGAGUAG